AAAAGGAGAAAAGGUGUAAAUUGAUUGGGCAGUUGGAAGGUUUUUGGAAGACAAAAACAGCUGAAUCAAUUCGGGUCGGAAAUCCGGGUCAAUCAUGGAGACUUGGGAUCCGACGACGAAAUCGACGCUGACGCAGAUCCCUCUCCUGUCGGUGAAGGCCGGGCCGCGCGACGGCGCCGCGUGGACGCAGCGGCUGAAGGAGGAGUACAAGGCGCUGAUCGCCUACACCGCCAUGAACAAAUCCAAGGACAACGACUGGUUCCGGAUCUCCGCCGCCAACCCGGAGGGCACCCGCUGGACCGGUAAGUGCUGGUACAUCCACAAUUUGCUCAAAUACGAGUUCGAUUUGCAGUUCGACAUUCCCGUCACGUAUCCCGCCACCGCCCCUGAACUCGAAUUGCCCCAACUCGACGGCAAAACCCAAAAGAUGUAUAGAGGAGGGAAGAUAUGCCUGACCGUCCACUUCAAGCCGCUGUGGGCCAAAAAUUGUCCUAGGUUUGGCAUAGCACAUGCACUUUGCUUGGGCCUUGCGCCAUGGCUUGCUGCUGAGAUUCCUAUUCUUGUUGAUUCUGGAAUGGUCAAGCACAAAGAUGAUACGGCCGCAUCCAGUGAGUCUUCCGAUGUAAAGGCUGUGUGAGCACUAACUAGUCCAUCGUUAACGAAUUCUACAGUGUGCUAGUCUUAACUUUAUGAGACUAAAAUAUCCAUAUCAUGAAAUAGAUGUGAGGACCUCUUAAAAUGGAUGUUUUUAACUUUUCUCUUUAUAGUUUAUUCCAUGCUGAGCUCGAUUUCUUCGUA